UUGGCAAAAAGCAAGUAUAAGUUUCAACAUGAAGGUUCUCAUUGUUUGUUUCGCCCUAACGGCAGUGGUAAGCGUCGGUGCUUUUGACCUAUACCCACUUAUUCGACCACAAUUCAGUUCUGGUGAUAUUAUUUCGGGAACCGCAGCUGAACCCGGUGAAGCUCCGUUCAUAGUUUCGUUGAAAUCUUCAUCUCACUUCUGUGCCGGAAGUAUCAUCGAUGAACACUGGAUCCUUACUGCCGCUCAUUGCCUCGUCUACAACAAGUUCAAAGUCGUUGCUGGCUUGCACAAGAGGAGCGACGAAUCCCAAGUUCAAAUUCGUUCGGUUUCACUGAAGAACAACAGCAUUCAGCAUGAACUCUACAGCGGCGGAGUUGGGCCCAACGAUAUUGGUUUAAUUUACCUCGACGAACCACUGGACUUGUCGGAAAUCAGUCGCUCCACCGGAAAACCUCUUGUCAGCAAGGUUCAACUUCCAUCAAGGCAGUUCAGCCAACUCGGGGAUGGAGUUCUAUUCGGAUGGGGUAUUGACAAUUCAAACAACAUCCCUAACACCCUUCAGAAACUCGAAACUCAAAUCAUUGGAUAUGAUCGUUGUAAGCGUCUUCUUCCUAUGAGUGCUCCACUUGACCCAGUUAACAUCUGCUCACACAACGAAGGAACAAUUGCAUCGGCUUGCAAUGGUGAUUCAGGCGGUCCAUUGGUAAAGUUCAACGGCAAAGUUGUGGAACAAAUCGGAAUCGUUUCGUGGGGUUACACACCCUGCACAUCAACCAGAUACCCCUCCGUCUAUACCCACACCGAUGCAUUUUUGUCCUGGAUUUCACAGAGCAUCGAGGGCUUUGUCCCUGCCAAUAAGCAGUAACUAGUAUAUUCAUAAAAGAUUUUAUUACAAUGAAAUAAAGAUUUUGUAAUAAACGCAAAAGGAUCUUUUUUAA